AUCUACUGGUCGAGUGCGAAUCUCUCUUCUUAUUGGAAACACAUGAACACAAAUGAAAAUGACGCUUAUGAGUCUUCAGGAGAAGAUGGCAACGCCUUCUUUGCCCUCCGAAGCUGCCACGGGGUCUUGCAAGGUAACAGCGGAGAGUUCUUCUCCCCUGAUUACUUGUGCUCCAACCCUCCGUUGUGGUGCAAAUGGACCAUCCAAGUACACCCUGGGAAACAUGUUUGGCUUUACCUGAAAGACUUCACCCCCCCUGACGCCUGCCACCUCAAACUAGACCAGAUCCAACUGGCCGAGCCCUCUGGGGUGUCUGGGGGAAACAAGGUGUUGGAGAAGUGCUGGCAGGAGGCCAAGUACACAUCCCUGUCCAAUACUCUCCAUGUGAUCCUGCUCAUCAGAGGAAGUCCCAUCCCUCCUUUUAGAGGAUUCUAUGGGAGGUACCAAGCAUUUGCACCACCAAUUAUGUACAAGCCACAUGGCGACGACACAGAGGGAACCGGUAAAUGGAUGAAGGAAGAUGUGGAGCAUGAGACGGUAAAGCCAACCAUUUUUCAGAGAGAUUUUACGACGUACGUACCCACCAAGGAGGGUGAACCUACCCACACCAUUUUUCUGCAAAGCUCCACACCGGCAGUGCAGGGAAACUACAAUGAGAUGGAGGAGGACUUUGACCUGCUCACCUCUGUGUCCAAUGAGCUUCCAUUAGAUGAAGAUGAACCAAUUACUCAACAGAAACACUCUCGGUCGUCUCCUGUUCAGGUUGAGGAAGAUGAGUGGAGCGGUGUAAGGACCGAGGAGACAGUAGUGGAGAAGGUUCCGCACAAUCUAACCUGGCAAGGAAUGGUCAACCACAUCAGGGAUAUAAGCCCUCCUUCCCCUCUCACCCCCGCCUUUACCUCCACCCCCACCAUAGCAAAACUACCCACCCUGGGGACCUCCCGAUUAGGGAGGAGUGCCUCUCGAACCCCAAUACAGCUCCCCAAUGAGGUGGAGAGCCACUCGCCGUCUUUGAACAUGUACUCGAAAGGUGUCCAAGCUACAGAGUCUGUCAUAAACCCUCAUACCCGCCUACACAUCCAGUCAGACGUACGCAGGAGUGUGGACGCUCAUUCCCUACACGUCCCCCCUGCCACCGAGGAACACACGUCUUACACAGCCGACGUGGUUUCAGUGGAGGGGUCCCAUUACGUGUCACCACCCGGGACUGACCAAGGGGAAGAUCCCGUUAAGGAAACAUCAUGGAGUAUGAAUGGCGCUGAGCAGCUGCCGACAAUUGCAUCCCCCAUGCCCGAUGACGACCAGGGUAAUCCAAUAGCCUAUUUCCCAAACAUGGUGGAACUCCUGUCAGACAGCAGAGAAGGAGGUAGACACGCCCACAAUCACACUGAGGUGCCACACCUACCUGGGGAUCAUCUGUUUGAAGUUUCUGUUGAGCUCACCUUCUCCCUUGAGGACGAUUCUGAGGAGCAUUGGGACCAUUUCUCGAGUACACUACUGAUGUCAACAAAAGAACUAAUCCAUGAACAAUUGAAGAUUCUCAUUCAAUCUAUAUCUAUAACAAUAUCCUCCAAAAGAAUAAAAAGGCUGAGUGCUGGAGUGCUGUACAUCCUCUGGCUGCAGAUGGCAGAUGGUACGGAGGGGAUGAAGUUCCAAAGCACCCUCCAUGCUGCUCUCCGGGAGCUGGUCUCGACAAAUAUCAGUCUCCGUGGCAGCUUCGAGCAGGCUAUGAUCAUCUCGCUAUCCACUGCAGAUGUCAAUGAAUGCGCAACCCAGCUGGUGCUGUGUGACAUCAACGCCGAAUGCUUGAAUCACUUCGGCUCCUACGCCUGCCGCUGCCGGCCCGGGUUUGAGGACGCGUCUCGUCUGGGUUCUGGAGGAACCCUGUGUGUGGACCUUAAGGCUGCCGGUAUGGAACAACGCCACAGUCAGGAGGACUUUAUGAAGCAUCAGCGUAGCCCCAAUCUGCAGCCCAGUAACACUGGCUGUGUGUUGGCAACGUCAUCCGAGAUGGUUCAAGCCAUCUACGUGGUCUCUUUCCUGCUGAGCUUCCUACUCCUGAUGUUGAUGACCGUCAUGGGAGUUCUGUACCACCGCCAUCACCGGGGGACCUUCUUGGUCCGCUGCCGGAGCAGCAGCUUUGGGAGCACUGACCGCGACGACAACAACAACGAUAACCAGGGUUCUGUGAACUCGGCCGCGCCCCCUCCACCGCCACCCAUACGGCGCCCGAAGGAGGGCUGGUCGCAUCCUAAAGACUGCUGCACCACGGUGGACUUGCCUCUGCUGCGUUUCAGCCCCUUGCAUCCGCUCGAUGGGUACAUGGAACCUGGGGAGGGGACCCCGAGGGGAAGCUGA